GACUCUGGGGCCCAGUCCCUCGCCGUGCUGCACGUGCCGCGCGAGAGCGCGGGCGAGGUGGGCCGUAAGGCUGCGCGCAUCGCGGAGGCCACUGGCGCCUCGCUGGAGCACACGGGAUCGGUGCUGAGGAUCGGUGGCUCCGAGGAGCAGCAGCAGCGUGCCGAGAGGUACGCGCGCGCCGUGAUCUCGAAGUCCCUCCAGUGCGACAAGCACCCAGACCUCACCGCAGUGUCGGUCUCACGGGAGUGGGUCGAGGAGUGGCGAGGCAGGGACGCCAACGUGGAGGAGGCGCACGGGGUGCUAAUUAUCUUCGAGGAGGCGCCCGAGGCGAAUCUCAAGAAACGUGUUCGCUUUACCGUUGGCCAGAUGGUCGAGGCGGCCCGGGACGACGAGGGUGUCCUGCAGAUGGCGGUGGUCAAGGCGACCGAGAUCGAUCGGCGGAUCUCGUUGAAGUGGUGCUUCGACGCGGUCGUGCAGGAGGUGGACGUCGAUCGCGUCAGGUUGGCGCCCAGGCUUGGCAUAUUCGGGGACGCAGAGGCGCGCCUGAAGGCCGAGGUCGUCGUCAUGACGUCCCUGGACCGGAGCGCUGCCGGCACCAUGGCCGCCCGCCUGGACAGUCUCGCGCCGGCGGGUGACGGAGCAGGUCUGCAGUGGGCUGACGUCGAGCUGAAGUUCAAGGGGGGGCUGAAGGAUACUUUUCUCUUGAUGCAGGGCUUUGACCUGGAGACGCUGCUGCCUUCUGCCACGGGCUGCCACUCGGUCUGCUUCUUCCAGUGCCCGGUGUGGCAGAUUGGCGUGGGGGCCGUCGGAGCCGUCCGUGGGAACACCUCCAGGCCUUGUGCGCUGGUCCUGGGAGAGCGGGAGCAGCGGGAGCAUGCCCUCCUCACCAUCAACUUCCUCGUCUCAACCAUCGAGAACAGGCUCUCUGACGUCCUGCCCGAGCAAUUGUACAGCUGCAGUUCUGUGGUCAGUGUCCCCCAGACCAUGCGGGAGUUCUUCUUUCAACGCACGGUGGUGGAUGAUUGUUCUAACCUGAAGAAGGUGAUGAAGGCAACGGGCACGGUCAUCGGCCAGCUCACGCAGGUUGAGGCGAGGAAGAGAUCCGCUCACCAGGGCGGUAACGACGAGGCCUUGGAGGCUGUUUACUCCGAGCUGCGCGGCGGGACGCAGGUGCGCCUCGCGAUCGUGGGGCAGCCGCGGUCUAGGCUGGCCGCCAGAAUCAGGAUCAUGGCCCUGAUUGAGGACAGGCACAACAGCUUCCACCAGCGGCCCCCCUCUGGAUGCCUGGAGGACGCCACAGACGGCCUUGCCGUAGACCAAGUCUGGUUACCCGAGGACCUGGAGCACCGGCCUUCGCUGAAGCAGGGCGCGGUGCUUGCUGGCGCCUCUGGUGCGCUGGUGGAGUCCGCCGGGACCCUGGUCCUCCUGGCCGGCACCCGGGAGGAGCGCAGGCGUGCGCAGGAUCGGAGUACCUCUCGUGCAUGA